CCAUUGUCCAUAAGCUCGUAAUCUUCCACGAGGGGGGUCCUUCAAACAUGUGUACGUAUGUAAAAUCAGACCCUAUAAAAGAGCUCCCCCCCCCCUCCCCUUUCCUCUCACCACAUCUUCACAGAUCUCUCUCUCUCUUUCUUUCUGUCGGAAAAAUGGCUUCGUGUGUGUGGACUCUGAUCCUGGGUUUCCUAUUCAUCAUCGUCCCCGGCACCAUGGGAGCUGCUCCGAGGAAGCCCGUAGCUGUGCCAUUUGGUAGAAAUUAUAUGCCCACUUGGGCUUUUGAUCACAUUAAGUACUUCAAUGGAGGCUCCGACAUUCAGCUCCACCUCGACAAAUACACUGGUACUGGUUUCCAGUCCAAGGGUUCUUACUUGUUCGGCCACUUCAGUAUGCAAAUGAAGUUGGUUCCUGGGGAUUCUGCUGGAACCGUCACUGCCUUCUAUCUAUCAUCUCAAAACUCGGAGCAUGAUGAAAUAGACUUUGAGUUCUUGGGGAACAGGACUGGGCAGCCUUACAUUUUACAGACAAAUGUCUUCACAGGAGGGAAAGGGGAUAGAGAGCAGAGGAUUUAUCUCUGGUUCGACCCAACCCAAGGCUACCACUCCUACUCUGUUCUCUGGAAUCUGUAUCAGAUUGUAUUCUUUGUGGACGACACACCGAUAAGGGUGUUCAAGAACAGCAAAGAUUUGGGAGUGAGAUUCCCAUUUAACCAACCCAUGAAGAUCUACUCGAGCCUGUGGAACGCGGAUGACUGGGCCACUAGGGGUGGGCUUGAGAAGACGGACUGGUCAAAGGCUCCCUUUAUUGCCGCGUACAGGGGCUUCCACAUCGACGGCUGUGAGGCCUCCGUCGAGGCCAAGUUCUGCGCGACCCAAGGCAAAAGAUGGUGGGACCAGAAGGAGUUCCAAGAUCUUGACUCGUAUCAGUACAGACGCCUCCAGUGGGUCCGCACCAAAUACACCAUCUACAACUACUGCACUGAUAGAGUGAGAUACCCUACUCUCUCGCCGGAGUGCAAGCGAGACAGAGACAUAUGAUUCAUCUUUACUAUGAUUUCUUUUUAUAUAUUUAUUUAUUUUAGAAGAGCUUGUAUGUCGAAAGACCUUUGAGCAUGAAUUACGGGGAUCUCUGUCAUUCAUUAUUUUCCAUGAUUAUGUUCCA